AGCCAUAGAGGCACAAUAACGUAGCUGAGGAUACAUGUGCAUAGCGAUAGUGCAGCUAGUAAUAGCAAUACUACUGGGGGCACUGGUCGGAGACGAGGAUGAAGAUCUGAGCAAUGUACGAGAGACGACCGGCUGCUGGCGGCGGCGCCGAUGAUCGGCAUCCGCUACAAACGGUCGACCCCUAAACCAAACCAAAAUUUUCUUCCCCCACGCCCCAUAUAGAUGUACACACAGUUAGUUAUUAUCUUCUUUGAUUCCAAAAGCAUCAAAAUGGCAGUAGUACACACGCAUCCACCACUCUGUUUCACCAUCUCUGCCUCUCUCUGUUCAUAGAUUCCACGCUCCGCUCCCAUUUCCGAUUCCAAAUUCCGUAUUAUGAGACUACCGAACAAUUUCCCAACCAUCUGUUAUCAUCACCAUCCUCCAUCUUACUAUUUUUUCUACUUCUAUUAUUCCCACAAACUCCUUUCUCCCCCUCCUUUCUCGCCUUUUCCGUCCACCAAACUGGCGGCGGCGAGGAGGACUUCCUUCACAGCCGCCGCCGCCAGUCGCCGGCACCGCAGAGUCGACUUUUGCCUUCACCACGAGCAGCAGCAGCAGCAGCAGAAGGUUGUUGUGAUCAUGGGGGCAACAGGGUCGGGAAAAUCGAAGCUGUCCAUCGACCUGGCGACUCGAUUCUUCGCCACCGAAAUCGUGAACUCCGACAAAAUGCAAGUCUACUGCGGCCUCGACAUCACCACCAACAAGAUCCCAAUGCGCGACCGCCGCGGCGUUCCGCACCACCUCCUUGGUGACGUGCGCCACCCCGACACCCUCGCCCCCGCUGACUUUCGCCGCCUCGCCGCCUCCGCCAUCUCCGGCAUCGCCUCCCGCCACAAGCUUCCCCUCGUUGUCGGCGGCUCCAACUCCUUCAUCUACGCCCUCGCCGUCAAGCACUUCGACCCGGAGUCCGACGUCUUCCGCGACUCCGACCCGGACCCGGUCUCCACCCAGCUCCGCUACGACUGCUGCUUCAUCUGGGUCGACGUCGCGAUGCCGGUGUUGGACCAGUACCUGUGCAAGCGGGUCGACGAAAUGCUGGACUCGGGCAUGGUGGAUGAGCUGGGCGACUAUUUCGGGUCGGACCCGGGGCCGAGCAGGGGCGGGUUGGGGAAGGCGAUAGGCGUGCCGGAAUUUGAGGCGUAUUUCAGGAAAUUCGGUGGUGGUAGCAGUCGUGGAGGUGAUGGUGUUGGUGGAGGUACGAAGGAGUGGAAGGGGGAUGAUCCCGUGAGGAGGGCGGUCUACGAGGAGGCAGUAAGGGCGAUCAAGGACAACACGUGUCAGCUGUCGAUGAGGCAGGUGGGGAAAAUCGAACGGCUGAGGAGGGCCGGGUGGCACCUGCAGAGACUGGACGCCACGGCGGCGUUUGAGGCGGCUAUGGCUGGUGGCGCGACCGCAGCUAUUUGGGAGAGGCAAGUGAUGGAGCCAAGCGUGAAGAUUGUGAAGCGUUUCUUGGCGGAGCGGUGCAAAGGGCGCUGGCAGUUUUGGCCUAUGAAGUGGUUAGCAGGGGAGGAUGAUUAAGCCAAUAUGUGAGCAAUGCUUUGUGAAUUUCGGCUAACUUAUAAAAUACAACGUAGAAAUACAUGACAAUUUUCAACUCUGUCUCUCUCUCUCUCUCUCUCUCUCUCUCUAUUUGGUGGGUAGGGCAUGGAAUCUUUUGAAUGUGGAUACUGCUUAAUUAGUGUCUCCUUCUGCCAUAAGUUUUUUUUUUAGGUCAAACCCACAUGUCCAAAACUUCCGAUAUAUCCUUCACAAUUAAUUCUUAGUCCCCGUAAGGACAAUUUUAUCUUUAUUUUUAUUGCAUUUGUUGUUAAAUAUAUUGUUCACGGGAUUGAAGAGAGGAGAAAAUUGGCACAACUGUGAGUAUGGAUAGAAGGUUUGUGUGGAUGAUUUGUUUGGGCAUUUUGGAGAAAGUCAAUCGGUUUGACUAGUGAAAGUUGGUGGAUUUCUAGGGUCCACCAGCACUUCCAUUCCAAAGUUGGAGACAGAUUAGGCAGGGGAUGUGCUGUGCAGGGUCCGAGAUGGAUGCGCGGAAGGCUGGCGUGGUCGCCAUCCUAAGUUCCCUAUUUCAUGUCUCGGUUUUGCGUAGGAGGAUGAUACCUUGCUGCCCUUUUUUGUACCAUAUAUAUUGUCAAAACCCUCCCUUGCCUUCAUCCUUCCCUCCCUUUUGUCCAUUUCAAAUCAAUUGCUUGCUA